GUCAAUAGACGCAAAGAAGAAGAACAAGAAGAUUACGUCACAUAUUUGCCGGUGAACUAACCCGGAUGUAACAGCAAGUGCGUUGAAAAUGUUUACACUCAGUAUAACCCUCGUGCGACAUGGGGAAACACAGUACAACAAGGAGAAGCUGCUGCAAGGUCAAGGCGUGGACACACCUCUGUCAGAAACAGGUGUGCAGCAGGCUGAGGCCGUAGGAAAAUAUCUCCGAGACAUCGCAUUCAACUAUGUGUUUUCCAGUAACCUACAACGAGCCAUACAUACGGCUGAAAUAAUUAGGAGGAACAACACUCAUUGUUCUGGCACGGAGAUGGUUUUGGAUCCAUUACUCAGAGAGAGGGGUUUUGGUGUUGCUGAAGGACACCCCAAAGAGCAUCUGAAGAACAUGGCAAACGCUGCCGGCCAGUCUUGUCGUGACUACACCCCCCCAGGAGGAGAGACUUUGGACCAGGUGAAGCUACGAUUCAAAAAGUUUCUCAAAGCCCUUUUCCAGCAAUUAUCGGAUGAACACGGCAGGGCGGGAGCACCUGAGGCUGCAAACGGGACAGCAGCUGCUGCCUCGGAGCGGGCUCCUGGAGGCUCGGCUGAGGACGGGCUCCAGGAAGCGUCGGUCCACGCUCUGGUCGUGAGCCACGGAGCUUACAUCCGUGUGGCCAUCAAGCACCUCCUGGAGGACUUAAAGAGCUCUCUGCCUGCAGGGGCCAAGAUGUCCCAGGUGUUUUCUCCAUGUCCAAACACGGGCAUCAGUCGCUUCGUUUUCACCCUGAGCCCCUCCGAGUCGGGCCCCGUCCUCUCUGCUGCUCGCUGCUGCUUCACCAACAGGAAGGAGCACCUGGGGAACCUCACAGCUGCUGAAAAGUGUGGAGGGAAAGAGAUGGGAUAAAAGUUUUUUGUACGGCGUUGGCGUAUUGGUGUGCAGAUGUACACAGUCUAUGAUGGGAACAAUCAUGAAUGAUGAACACUAAACCGAAAAAACAGGGAAAUACUUCAAGCAAUGCACACUGAGAAAUAAUGUGUUCUCAUUCAUGUGUAUAAAUAUAUAUAUAUAUAACGUUUACUUAGAAUCAACAAUAAGUGUCCAGUACUGUAUUGUCAAACUGUUCCUUCAUCCUCCCAAGUGAGGCCAGUGAGAAUUGAAGUACUCAAUAUAACUGUAUUGCCUCUUUUAUCAUGUUAUACCAAAGUCAGAACUAUUUAAUGUAAGUUUGAACACUCUGUAUGCGUGGCAUUUUUAAGUGUGAUACGUAUCUUGUGAUGCUGCUGCUCAUUUCACUUGUGCAAUACAACAUGACAAACCUGAAUCUUUGUCGAGUCUGAUAAAUAAUACAGGAUGCACAUAAUAUAUGAAAUCCGUCCAACUCUUUGUCGUUCAAUGGUUGUUUUUAGUCUUUCUAUUAUUAGAGUCCCUUUUUGAUCCCCUCUGAAUGCUUUGUGCUUCGCUGUCGGUCAUGGCCUCAAUAUUUCAAAGGAAAUCCAAUCUAUUUAUACUAAUGCCAAAAGCUAACAUCUUAAAACUGAAGACUUGAAAUAAACCAAAAGGAACAACUAAUGCAUUACAGAAUAUAAGAUGACAUAGAGGAAAGUGGACUCUUUCUAGAUUGCUUUUUCAUUGUUAUUGUCAGUGGUGGAAGAAGAAUUCAGAUAUGUUACUUAAGUUAAAAUAGUACAAUAAGUAAAGGUCCUGCAUUCAAAGUCUGUAAAAGAAUAAAUGAAUUUGAACCAGUACCAACUGCAAAAGUCCCCAUGAUACAGAAUGGCCUUUUUCAAAAUCAUGUAUUAUUACUGGAUUAGAAUGUGUGAUGUUAUCAUGUUUACAUCACUUUAAUGUUGCAGCUGAUAAAGGUAGCUCUUAUUCUUACUACAUCAUAUAAGGAAUGAACCAUUUCACCUACCAGUGGUAAAAAAAAACGAGCUCCAACUAAUUCAAUAAUAGGAUAUAUAAUGAUAUGAAUUAGGUCAUUCUGCAAUAUGACUACUUUUACGUUUGUUCUUUUGAAUGCAGUAUUUUCACUUUGUGGUAGCCUAUUACUACUUGUACUCAGAUAAAAAUGGAUCAUCUUCCACCACUGAGAGGAGACAAUGCCUAGUGGCUUCAAUCGUAUCUUCAAACAGCUGAUUUAGUCCGUUUUCUCAUCUUUAGAGACUGGAAAAAGCCACCGCAUUACUGGAGUCACCAUGAUGAACUUUAACGUCCAUUACAGAUGUGUAUUCUGAAAGAGCUUCAAUAUGCUGCAGCUAUAGAGUUAGUGCCAGAUGACAGGAUUGAAACCACUUUGUUAUCCUAGUUAAUGGGUAACAAGUUAAAAAGAGAGUAAGAUCGUCACAGUGUUUUUUAGAGUGAACUGACUCAUGUAUGCUAAUUAGAGUGCAGGAUUUCCAGCUAUAAUGGAACUGCUGAGUAACUGGCUCAAUGUUAAACCUGCUUACUCAUUCAUGACUUCCUGUCUGACAGCACAAGUUUUUUGCCAAAUUAGAACACUAAGACACAUCCUUAUACAUUUGCCUAAAUAACACACAACACCAUACAUGUUUCCUUUAGUUUAUUUUGUCCAAAACACUAUGUCCACAACUCUAACCCAUACAUUCAAAGACAAACCAUGUUUUCUUGUAUGUACAUUUCAAUUGUAAAUCAUCCUCAUAAAUACCAUAAAUAACAAUAAAGGAAUGGAAUUAAAUAAAUAAAUACUCUUUGGGACUGG